GAUUUCAUCAACAUCCAAGAACUGGGUCAGGGAGAACACGGGAAGGUGUACAAGUGUGUGAGGAAGAUGGAUCUCUGGCCGUAUGCUGUCAAGGUCUUAAACAAGAUGUGCAGUGGAAGGAAGGACAGGGAACGGGUGCUGCAGGAGAUCUACGCACUUUCAUCGCAAGGGGACAAUCCCUUCGCUCUCCGCUACUACAACGCGUGGGAGGAGCAAGACGUCAUCUACAUCCAGACAGAGCUCUGCCUGAAAACUCUACACGACGAGUGGGUGGGAGAAGGAGGGCAACUUCCCUUUCAGCGACUGGCGACGGCUCUCUACCAGGCAGCGUCAGGGCUCGCGUACCUCCACGAGCAUGGGAUGGCGCAUCUGGACAUGAAGCCGGCUAACCUUUACCUCUCCUUGUCCGGCAGGAUCAAGAUCGGAGACUUUGGGCAUGUCAAGGUGGUAGAGCCUGACAGGAUGGCGAGCAGGCAGGAGGUUGAGCUCUUGGAGCUGGGAGAUCGGAGGUACGUAGCGCCAGAGCUUCUCGACGUCUCCUCUCCGGUCAAUUUGAAUAAGUGCGACGUGUUCUCGCUUGGAGCCUCCAUCUACGAGCUUGCAUGCGUCAGCAGACUGCCGGAGUCUGGGAGUGAGUUCACAGACGUAAGGAGAGGAUCUCUUGCUCAUUCUCACCAGCUUCCGCCUGACCUGCGCGAGUUAGUGGAGAGCAUGAUGGACCCUGACCCGGCCCGACGCCCUUCCGCACAGCAAGUGGUCAACUUGUCCCGACCCCUCCUGCAAGACGACCAGCAUGCAGCGGACCGCCUCCUUCCUCGUGCUCCCAGCGCCCUGGACGCAGCGUUGAGAAACAUGCUGCUGGAGUCACGAGCGAAGCUUGCGCGGGCAGAAGAGAAGAUUGCUUUCAUGCAGAAACAGAUGAGAAGAUGA